AUGACAAAACUCGAAUCCUCUCACCCUCGGCUGGUCUUAGCAAACGUGGCGGUAAAGUGUACCAGACUUGAAAAAGAAUUGGGCGCAUUCCAAGCGAAAGUGGAGGAGGACCUGUCCAGGCUCGGAGCGAAAAUCGAAGGGAAUCUCGAUACGUUACUGGCGGCAGUCGAUAAGAUUCAGGCACAAUCCGACUCCCGUAAAGAAGAAUCCAGCCUUCAUAAUAUCACCCUCCAACAUCAUGAUGCUCACGUCAGAGCUCUGGAGGAUCAGCUCAGAGCUAUGCAGGUCAGGGAAGAAGCUGUUAUGGUUCGAAAUGACAAUCUUAAUGGUCGGAAUUCGGUUCUCGAGGCUUCAAACUCAACGCUUGAGGAGAUAAAUAGAGUCCUUGAAGCUGAAAUCGCAACUCUUCAAGGACGACUCCGUGAGCUAUAUUGA